AUGCUUUUCGCUCUACUGUCUUCAGUGCUGCUCGUAGGAAAUGUAUGGGCAGCUGUGGAUCAGAACUGUACAAUAUAUGAUGGCAAUGACCUUAAGGAUCCUCAGCUGGUUCAAGCGGCGGUUGAUCUUUGUCCCAAGACGUGUGGCUACUGCUGUCUCACACCCGCCUUUUCAUGCAAUGACAAGCUGCGCAUACUGAACCUUAACACAAGAACUUUUAGAGCCAAGGAUACCAUGCUCGUCAGUUACGAAGAUAAUGUGCGAAAAUAA